UCAAUCACAUCCACGCGAUUGUCCUUGGAAGCAGAAUUCUUGUGCCAGCACAGGCACAAACGACGCUUGUUCACAAUUGACCAUAGGGUAGUAUCAAACAACGCAUCAUGGAUUCUUGUCAAACACCUGGAUUCAUACUUCUAGCCUGUUCAAAGCUUUCAGCAUCCGUAACACCAAGUUAUUUUUCACCAUAGCUGAAGAAAUGACAACACUCUAUCAGCGACUAGCACAUCCAUUCCGGCGCCCCGUCCACUAUUACACGAUUGCAGAGCCCCCUCUUACGCCUGAACAGCUUCAGAGGCAACGGGAGAAGGAGAAGCAAAGAAUACUGGACAGGAUUGAAAAUGAUUUGGACGAUGGGUGGGUCAGGCCAAGAGCUAGCAAUUCUUCAGACAGCCUUCCCGUGAUCAUCGACAGAGGCCCAUACAGGGGGUGUUUAUAUCCAAAAGAUCAACUAUAUUUCAACAGUGUCAUGCUAGUAGCGGAUUCAGAACCGAGAUAUGCUGGCCCACCUGAUGCAGAGUUGAGGCAAGAGACUCAGAGGACCCCAACUCAGCGUCCAAAUGGCAGCAAUCAUAAGGGCCCCUCCGCACAACCCGUGCCUAGCGAAUGGAUGGCCACUUUGAGGAAUGCAAAGGACCCCAAAGAAUGGGAGGGACGAAAUAGCAUCAAUCUCACACCAGCGCGUGCUAAGCCCUUAAGUAACAUGCAACCGCCCCCAAGAUCGCCAUCGCCGCCUCGAGGACCGAUCACACCCGGCACACAAGAGUGGGACAGGUUCAUGGACUUCCCAUUAGAUAAUCCCUACCACAUAUAUCAUAACGAUGACCGUAAGCAGUCUCAUGAGGAUCUUGCCGUUUCGAAUGCCCCGAUCUUAUCAAAACCAACAGCUGUGACCGAACCACAGGCCCCUUUGCGAUCCCAUAACAUCCAUGCUCGUUCAGAAGCUCAAUUGGGAUAUCCUGUACUGCCGAUCCCGACAAGCAUCUCAAUAAAACCGCUUGAUAUCCCAUCGAUCCAAUCUGGACCGACGCAAUCACUGACAUGGAAAUCAGCAUUGAAGAGUAUUCUGUUCCACGAGGGAGUCGACCCUGCGACGAAAGCUUCGGUUAGGGAAAAGGCGCAGUGUAGCUCUAUCAUUGGAGGACUAGAACACCAAGAAACGCCUCUCUUUACCCCUACAGACGUCAGCCUGGUGCCAAAUUUCAGCUACCCGAUCGCUGCAAGUGCAUUUUACGACCGCAUUGAUGCGGCACAGACACCUCGGGCACGAUCACCUCAAGAGAAAGAGCAGCGAUACGAGGAGCUGUUGCCAAAUAGUGUUUGCUCUGAGCACCAUAGUCAUGCAAGCUCAAAUGAGACACUCUAUCGUGACCCAUCGCCUUUGAACUGGCCCUUGCGAGGAGGGCAGGGCAGAGAACAUGUUGCAUUGACGAAUGGUGUCCCGCCAGGGUACUACUCAUCGUCAAGCUCUAGUAGCUCUAGCGACACUACCCCCGACCCUCGCCCGAGCUCUCCGUUUCCUCCCAAUCUAGUACCAGAAAAGGUAUCUGUGUUGCUCUGCUCCCUCCUCACAUCGCCAGAACUCACGCUGCACCGUCAGAUAGUCCAUGAGACAGCGCCUGUAGGUACUUCGUCUCAAUCUGGCCUCGAGACACAUGCACGGCUCAUCAAGAAACUCACCGCCACCGUCUAUGGGCUUCAAGACUGCAUCGCCGGACUAGAGGACAAUCUCGUACCGCAACUCAGCAUAUAUCUCCAACAAAAAGACCGCGAGAUCGAUGAUCUGGAUGUCGAAAUAUCGCGGCUCAGAAAUGAAAUCACUGAGCUGAGGCGAACCGUAGAUUUCGGUACCGGAAUUCUAAGCCAAUGCCGAAAUUGCGAAUGGGAGGUCUGGCACACAUUGCUUGACAUUCAACGAAAGCGCGAAGAAAGGCGUAGUUCUCUCUCACGUGUCUUCUCUAGAACAAGAUCGGGUACGGUGCAGUAUGCUGUGGCCAACCUUAAUGCGCCGCAACCCAGUGUAGCUCAUGCUGUGUCUUCCAGAAGUGCGAACAUGGGUGUUCUCAAGAAAAAGGAAAUCAAUGCCCUUCUACUUACGGCAAAGCAGAAUGUUGAAAUGAUUGACCAGGACAUGAAAGAAAUGGCGAGGAUGGUGCAAGCGUAUCCAACGAGGAAUGGGGACGCUGAAAAAGAGGAGGAGUAAAUAAGAGGGCGUGAGUAGGAUUUUUGAUGGGCUGGUGACUCCGGAUAGACUAGUGAUUUGUUUGAUUGUACUCCAGCUACCUGAUUAUUCUCCUUGUAGCAAGCUCGCAGCUGCUUAGACAGCGAAGAGAGAUGCAGCUGCCAUUCCGGGUCACACUUUGACGACUACCGAAAAGCUAAAUGUGUUGCGGAAAGGCGUAGAUGUUCAUAUUGCAUCUGUUGGUGCAUCACUCGAAAACAAAGUUGACCGGCGAGACGCAACCUUCUCUGUUACCAUCAUGAUCAAGAAUACUCAUCAUCUAAAUUUGAAAUUUAAACAAGGCAGCAUACUGCUAUGCGGACAACAUUUAGUUACCAAAGCUGAAACACAGUCCCAACCGGCCUACGAAGGGCUGAUGCGUUGUUGAUAUAUGCA